AUGGGCGGUAGAGCCAAUCAAGGUUCAGGCCGUGGAAGCAAGGGUCGCUGGAACUCUAACAAGAAGAACUCCAAGACUGGUGAAAAGAAGCCCAGCAAGAAGGAGAUGAAGUUCCAGACGCUCAAAGCUCAAAGCAAACAUCCUGGAUCUACGUUUGCGACCUUCGAAGAACUGAAAGACGACUGUUGCCGAAGACUGGCAAAGAAGAAGCUCGACAGUCCUGCUGACAUCAUUGGUAGUGUCAAGGACACGAAGUUGAAAGACUUCAGCGAUAGCUCUAAAGCUCCACGAAAGUAUUCAAACAUCGUUGGAGACGAUGAUCAGAAGAAACUUGAGAACGAACAAUUUGCGGCCGAGUGGACAAGCAAAAACAAGGAGUGGAACUAUGCAAAGAGAGACCAUGAGUCUAACAAUCUCAAUCUCCAUGCUACUAUCAUCGACAUGUGUGCGGAUGAAAUGCUUGAGGAACUUCGACAUGAAGCCGAUUAUCUCACUACUUUGUAUGAGAACCCGAUCGAGCUGUUGCAUCGCAUCAAGAAGUUCAUGACUGUUAGUGAUGCUGCGGACUACCCAAUAUUUGUGGUGAUCAACGCAAUUAUGAAAGCGAUCAACACACGUCAAGUCAAGAACGAGACUGUUGCUGAAUACAAGAGAAGAAUCGAGGCCAACUUCAGUGCAAUGUACGCACUUUCAGGUCAUGAUUUCCUCAACAAAUUCACCAAGACUAAAGACGAAUACAUCUGUAGAGCAACUGAUCCCGAGAAGAAAUCUUAUCUUGAUGCCACAUCAGAGCGAUUGAUGGCGAGUACGAUGUUGUUGAACUCGUACAAGCCUACUCAUCAAUCCUUGACUGAAGGAUUCUUGAAGACCUACUCUUUGAAGCACCUUCCAGAGAGUCAAAGGAAUCAAUUCCCUACCACUAUGGAAACUUGUGGUAUCGUCCUUGAGAGAAACGAAGCCAUCGUGCUAGAAGCUGCCAAACGUAAGCCAACACCUAACAAGGGCGGCGAUACAAAAGGCAAGAACAGAGAUAAAGGGAAGCCCAACGAAGAAGCACCCACUGGUGUAGCCUUUGCCCAGCAUGGAGGCAAAGGAGGAGGAACAUCUGGUGUCACAUGCUUUUGCUGUGGCAAGAAGGGACACACUUGUGAUAUGUCUUCAAACAGAAAAGCAGUGUCGUCUUCGUGGGCGUGUGUUGAUCCCAAUGACGUCACCAUAGACAAAACUUUGCAACGAGUGGAGAGACGAUGA